UUUCAUUGUUUCAGGACCAAAACCAUACGUGACCGUAGAUGAAAAAGGAGAUCGAGUCUAUCAUUGUGACACUUGUGAUGCAACAAUGAAACACACUCAUCAGUUUUACUCCCACAUGAGAAAUCACCAUGGACCAAAACCAUUAAGAUGUAAAACAUGUCCAUUCAAAGCAAUACACCUUUGUAAGUGGACUGACCAUAUGAUGUGCCACAGAGAACAAAGAAAUUAUGAAUGUCACAUAUGUAAUGCUCGUUGUAAAAGUUUUGUGGCUCUGUCUAUUCAUCGGAAGGUUCACGAUAUUAAUAAGUUUCACAUAUGUCAUAUUUGUGGCACAACAACAAAGACAUUGAGCAUGCUGAGAAAGCAUUCUUUGAUACAUAAAGAAACAAAACCACAUGUAUGCCGGGAAUGUGGAAAACCUUAUAGUGAUCCAACUAGGCUGAAAUGUCAUAUGAAGGAACAUGGUCGACAUUUUGUGUGUAAGUUUUGUGGAAAAAGAUUUGGACGCAAUGCUACUUUAACAGCUCAUGAGAGAAUUCACACUGGAGAAAAACCAUAUGAAUGUAAAGCUUGUGGCAAAAGAUUUGUGCAAAUAAACUCACUGAAUGUCCACUCUAGGACUUGUGGAAGGAGAUCAAUGAAAUAACAAAACAGAAUGAGAUAUAAGCAAAACUAUUGUGAAUAUUAAAUGAAACACAAAGAAUAUAUUUGUUUGGAGGGAAAUGUUUAUUUUUUAUUAAGUAGUACCAGUAAUUUGUUAGAACUUUUUUAGUUAAUCAAAUUUUCCAUACAUACUUUUAAGAGUGAGGUGUAUAAUAUGUUAUUAUUUGAUGAACUUUAUUUUGUAUAUAAUAUAAUAUAUUGCACCAGCUCCAAUUUAAUUAUUAUAGAGAUUGAAUAUACUCAUUCAAGCAAAAUUAGAAGUUAUUUUAUUU